UACUAUACUGUAACAAUACAUUGAAAGUUAAUCGAUGGCCGUUAGCUAGAAAAUGGGAAAAAACACUUAAAACAACUUAUUACUUAACGGCUAAUAAUUUCAAAUAAACACACCCAUCAUCAACCUAAUCAAGUACAAUCUGAGCACGGUACAAAACCAGCCAUAAAUAAAAAAUUGAUCCACCAAAAAGAAGCUCAGCAAAAAAAAAAAACAAUUACAGUUAAAAUUUGUUUUGCAAAAUUCUUAGUGUAUCGAACAAUAUUCUAUACCCGCAGAUUAUAUUCCCUUUAACUGGUAAGCACCAAACCCUCUUAAGAAGUUUUAGCCAAAGACAUUGUUCUUGAUCGAAGAACAUUUUACAACGACAUUUGUGCUCUACUACAAAUGAUCAAACAAUGGAAUAGACUGCCUAGAAAAUCUUGUAAUGGUUUUAACACAAGACCUAUUGGUUUGGUGCAACAGCAGUAAUAUAAUUUACUAAUUUAAAGAAUACUUUUAACAAAUUUGGCACUAAUUCGUCUGUUUUAAAAACAUUUAUAGCGCUAUGUUAUUUUAAGAUGAAAUAUGUGUAAUUUUUUUUUGGAAGUUUUCCCUAGAUCUCGAAGGAGAAGCAUAAGAGGCAGAAGAAAACCAUGAGCAAGUGAUUUACACCAUUAGGUGUAAGUAGAUAGACCUAAGAAGUUAAGCCUCAAGACUUCCAUAGCCGAGUACAACAUGUUCACCGCAACUGUGUUAUAUUCCAUGGUCGUCAACGUCGUCUUAAGCUCAGCCACAUUGCAAUACACAAAUACUGAACCUCUUCCGGUUGCUUUGAUCAGACACGACCACGUUGUCGACAACAACGGACAGUUCGCACUGGCAUUCGAAUCAGCCGAUGGCAUUUCGCAGUCGAAACAAGGAGCGUUGGUGUUGAACGACGAAGGAGACGGUUACGUUAUGAUCCAACAGGGAUCGUACGAAUAUAGAUCUCCCGAAGGAAUUCUGGUGCGAAUGGUUUAUAGAGCCGACAAGAACGGUUUCCAUGUAACCGGAUUUCCUUUACCAGUACAACAACAACAGCGAUGAAAACAUAUACAGUGUGCAAAAAGUAUACUAAGACUUCUAACAAGAAAAUUCGAAAACCUGAU